AGAUGUUUCAGUCACAUUUCAGCCUCUGCUCUGAGACUUUCUCCUGAGCAGCCCCUAAUAGGCUAUUACUCCUUUACAACUGCGAUAUGAUCAUUUUAAUUUCUCUAUUUGUCUUGCUGUGGGAAGAGGCUCACGGAUGGGGAUUCAAGAAUGGAAUUUUUCAUAAUUCCAUAUGGCUUGAACAAGCAGCGGGCGUGUACCACAGAGAAGCGCGGUCUGGCAAAUACAAGCUCACCUACAUGGAGGCAAAGGCAGUGUGUGAAUAUGAAGGUGGCAGACUCGCCACCUACAAGCAGCUAGAGGCAGCCAGAAAAAUUGGAUUUCACGUCUGUGCUGCUGGGUGGAUGGCCAAGGGCAGAGUUGGAUACCCCAUUGUGAAGCCAGGGUCCAACUGUGGAUUUGGAAAAACUGGUAUUAUCGAUUACGGAGUCCGUCUCAACAGGAGUGAAAGAUGGGACGCAUAUUGCUACAACCCACAUGCAAAAGAAUGUGGUGGUAUCUUCACAGAUCCAAGGCGAAUUUUUAAAUCUCCAGGUUUCCCAAAUGAGUAUGAUGAUAACCAAAUCUGCUACUGGCACAUUAGACUCAAGUAUGGUCAACGUGUUCACUUGAGUUUCUUGGACUUUGACCUUGAAGAUGACCCAGCUUGCUUGGCUGACUAUGUUGAAAUAUAUGAUAGUUACGAUGAUAUCCAUGGCUUUGUGGGAAGAUACUGUGGAGAUGAGCUUCCAGAAGACAUCAUUAGUACAGGAAAUGUCAUGACCUUGAAGUUUCUAAGUGAUGCUUCAGUGACAGCAGGAGGUUUCCAAAUCAGAUAUGUAGCAGUGGAUCCUAUAUCGAAAUCCAGUCAAGGAAAAAAUACAAGUACUACUACUGGAAAUAAAAACUUUUUAGCUGGAAGAUUUAGCCAUUUAUAAAAAUUUUUUAAAAAGAGACAUUUAGUAUUUAUGUUUGUAUCUUUCGGAAGCCCUUGGAUCUCACUUUUAUAUUAUUAUUAUUAUUAUUGUUAUUAACAUUUAUUUAUUAUUUUUUGAAAUGUGAAUGCAACACCUGAUAAUUUUUAGAAAAUUGGAAAAUACAGAAAACUUCAAAUGAGAAAAUAAAAUCUCUCAUAAUCCCACUGCACAAAAAUAACAAGUGUUAACAUUUAUAUAUUUUUCUUUCAGUCAUUUUUUGAUUUGUGAUAUGUGUAUAUUAUGUAUCUAUAUGUAUUUGUAUUUGAAAUUUUUAAGUUCUGCUCUAUGUACAACUUUGUAUCUUUUUUUUCAAACCUGGAAAUACAUGGCUUAAACAUUUUCCCCUCUCACUGAGUAUUCUGCAAAAACAUGAUUUUGAAUAGCUGUAAAAUGUUUCAUGAUAUAAUUGUUCCAUACUUUCUAUAAGCCUGUCUGUAUUAUGUGAAUUUUAGGUUUUCAUAAAUAUUGCUUCAAUAAACAUCCUUGAACA